AUGGGGAAGGCUGGAGGCAUACUGUGGAAGUUGCUGAUAAGAUCCCAGCCCUGCAGGCUGUGUUCUUUCAGAAAGAUGUGAUCAACUCUAAAAUACAGACCUUUUUUAGCAUGCUUCUCCUAUACAACUGGUAGCAAAGAAAAUAAAGAGAACGGUGGAAAACUUUAGAAAUUUUCAGUUGACAUUAGGAAAAUUCGUAGAUUAAAAGAAUGGGCACUUUUAGUGGAUAAAUCCUAUGUUGAAGAAAUUGCAAAUGUUUUCGAGACUGCUGUAGCCAGUGUUUUGGAAUGCUGUCUGGAAACGAUUGUCUGUAGUCCAACUGCUGUUAACACCCAGAGAAAACUCUGGCAGUUUGUCUGCAAAAACGAGCAAGAGUUAAUCAAGUUAAUAGAAAAGUUUCCAGAAUCUUUCUUUCCUGUUAAAGACCAAGAGAACUGGAAGCUGAAUGUUCAGUUCUUUCAAGAGUUGGGACUCAAGAAUGUGGUCAUUAGCGGAUUUUUGACAACUGCAUCUAAUAUUUUUUAUAAUCUUGUUAAGAAGAAUAAGCAGAUGAUAAUUCUCCAAGAGAGUUAUCUAAAUGUAGGUGGCUCUGAGGCCAACAUGAAAGUUCGGCUAACUAAAAUUAAUAAGCCAAAAUUAAAUUCUCCUGCAGCUAUAAAGGAAACACUAGGAUUUCUCCAAGAGCAAGGUUUCUCAAACUUUGAAAUUCUCCACCUUCUGUCCAAACUCAAAGGAUUUCUUUUUCAACUUUGCCCCAGAAGUAUAUAGAACAGUAUUUCCUUCUCUAAAAAUACUUUUAAAUGCACAGAUCAUGAGCUGAAGCAAUUUGUUUUGAAAUGUCUUGCCCUUUUAUAUUAUUCUGUUCCAGUUUUAGAAGAGAGAAUGCAGGGAUUAUUGAAAGAAGGAAUUUCCAUAACCCAGGUAAGAGAGAUGCCAAUGGUUCUUGAAUUAACGCCACAUAUAGUACAGUACAGGAUAAGGAAACUGAAUUCCUUAGGCUACAGAGUAGCAGAUGGACAUCUAGCAAAUCUAAAUGGAUCAAAAAAGGAGUUUUUGAUUGAUGCUAAAAUUCAAGCCAAAGAAGGAAGGCCAUUAUUUAACCCUGUGGCACCAUUAAAUGUUGAAGAGUGA